GUGAAUCGUCGUUUCGAUGUUUUGACGCGAUUAUGUCAAGAGUCAAUGUAGGAACGAUAUCCAGCAGUGCUGCGGGACAGCAGCAGUGCUUUUCUUCUCUUCUGACAUAACUUAUCCUGACUCAAAUAAUCUGUCUCUACCGCAAACACUUACAAUACAGUCACUUCUUCAGAUGAUCAUGCAAGGCUUGAUUUAGGAUUGUCUCUGUUAUUUCAAGGCAAGAUGUUCCCCUUAUGCUGAUGUCUUCAGAUCACCUGUAAACUUCCACUUAAAGGCACAAUAUGAGAUCUGCUUCUCCAACCACACAGCAAUUCACCUUUAGUGAAGCUCCUCCCACAGCGAUUCACCAGUAAAUGCUGGAAUAUUUUCAUCAGCCUACAAGUGAAGACAGACUUUAUUAAAGAAAGUCGAAAACAUGACUGAUCCAGAACCCUGCAGAAUAAAACAGGAAGACACUGAAGAAAAAAUAGACCUGAUAGAAGAGAACAAGGAGAUUGAAGAACUGACUGAAAUGGAAGAGAAACAUCAUGUAAAAACUGAAGAAACAUCCUCAAGUCCCUCAUUGAAAAGAAGAGAUGAAAUAUGUUUCACUUGCUCUCAGUGUGGAAAGAGUUUCUCAUGCAAGCAAAGUCUUGAUAUUCACAUAAAAUUUCAUCUUGAAGGGUUUUCAGAUGACCCGAAGGACCACCUGAAAGUUUAUACAAAGGAGAAGCCUUAUGUAUGUAAUUUAUGUGGAAAGAGUUUUAUUCAGAUGAAUGCAUUUAAAAUGCACCAGAUAAGACACAGCGGUGUGAAGGAUCAUGCUUGCUCUGAAUGUGGGAAGACUUUUUUUACAGAUGGUGCACUGAAAGUGCACCUGAUAGUUCACACUACAGAAACGCCUUACAAGUGUUCACACUGUGACAAGAGAUUCAAACGGUCAAUAUAUAUGAAAAGGCAUGAGAGAAUCCACACUGGGGAGAAGCCGUACACAUGUGAUCAAUGUGGGAAGAGCUUCAGACUAAAAGGAAUCCUUAAUGAUCACAUGAAAAUCCACACCGGAGAGAAGUCUCACACAUGUGAUCAAUGUGGAAAAAGUUUUGCACAAAAAGGAAAUCUUAAAGAACACAUGAAAAUCCACACAGGACUGAAGCCACACACAUGUGAUCAGUGUGGGAAGAGUUUCAGACUAAAAGGACUUCUUAAUGAUCACAUGAAUAUCCACACUGGAGAGAAGCCGCAUACAUGUGAUCAGUGUGGAAAGACGUUCGCACAAAAAGCAAACAUUAGCAAACACAUGAAAGUGCACACUGGAGAGAAACUGCACACUUGUGAUCAAUGUGGAAAGAGUUUUUCACAAAAAGGAAACCUUAAAGAGCACUUUAAAAUCCACACUAAAGAGAAGAUGCACACAUGUGAUCAGUGUGGGAAGAGUUUCAGACAUAAAGGAAACCUUACGAAACACAUGAAAAGCCAUAUUGGGGAGAAGCCGCACACAUAUGAUCAGUGCGGGAAGAGUUUGAGUUGUAAAAUAAAUCUGCAAACUCGUUCUAGAGAAAGACGAUAUAACUCUGACCAGUGCAGUACAAAAAAAGUCAGGGCAGAUUUCCUGAAGGACCACCUGAAAGUUCAUUCAAAAGAGAAGCCUUACAUAUGUGAUUUAUGUGGAAAGAUUUUUAGUCAGAUGGGUGCAUUAAAAAUACACCAGAAAAGACACAGCGGUGUGAAGGAUCAUAUUUGCUCUGAGUGUGGGAAGACUUUUUUUACAGAUAGUGACCUGAAAGUGCACAAGACAGUUCACACUACAGAAACACCUUACAAGUGUUCACACUGUGACAAGAGCUUCAAACGGUCAGAAAAUCUGAAAAUACACGAGAGGAUCCACACUGGAGAGAAGCCUUUCACAUGUGACCAGUGUGGGAAGAGCUUCAGACUAAAAGGAAAUCUUAACAAACACAUGAAAAUCCACACCGGAGAGAAGCCACACACUUGUGAUCAUUGUGGGAAGAGUUUUGCACGAAAAGGAAAUCUUAACAAACACAUGAAAAUCCAUACCGGAGAGAAGCCGCACACAUGUGAUCAGUGUGGGAAGAGUUUUACACAAAAAGCACUCCUUAAUGAUCACAUGACAAUCCAUACUGGAGAGAAGCCACACACAUGUGAUCAGUGUGGGAAGAGUUUCAGAAUAUCAAGUGUUUUUAAAAUGCAUCUGCGUACUCAUUCUAGUGAAAUACUCUAUAACUGUGACCAGUGUGGUAAACAUUUAUUUAGGGCAAGUGCCCUAAAGAGGCAUCUGAAAGUUCAUACAAGGGAGAAGCCUCAUGUGUGUUCUUUGUGUGGAAAUAGUUUUAGUGAGCGGGAUGCUUUAAAAAUACACCAGAAAAGACACAGCGGUGUGAAGGAUCAUAUUUGCUGUGGGUGUGGGAAGGCUUUUUUUACAGAUGCUGAAGUGAAAAUGCACCAGAGAAUUCACACUACAGAAACACCUUACAAGUGUUCACACUGUGAAAAGACAUUCAGACGGUUAGUAUAUCUUAAAGUACAUGAGAGGAUCCACACUGGAGAGAAGCCGUAUCACUGCCAUUCAUGUGGCAAGAGUUUCACUCAAUUAUCUUCUCUAAUCUGUCAUAAAAAAAAGAUGCACGUCUGAAAUUACAGUAAGUAGUUUAAGUGUCUUUUUAAUAAACUUUGAGUAAACUGAAUUGAUCUUCUUCAAGUUUUCUGUCUUCCUCAAAAGUUAUCAAUA